GUUGCGGGGCUGUUGGGGCUGAUGCGAGCGGAGCGGGCGCGUCCGGAGCGAGCGGCUGCUUGAACUGACCGGAGCGAAAGGCGGCGGCGGCGGCGGCGUUGGGCGGGCGCGCCGCGAUGUCUUCUCCUACCAAGGCGAAGGAGGUUUUCUCCUCGGACGAAGAGGGCCCCGCUGCUGGGGCCGAGGACCCUCGCAAAGUCAAGGUCUCCAGCCUGCCUUUCAGCGUGGAAGCGCUCAUGUCCGACAAGAAGCACCCCCGAGAGGCCUGCGGAGGCCUGGAGGGGGCCGGCCUGGGCACGUCCAGGCCCCUGCUCUUGCCCGGCCACGGCUCCAGGGAAGCUCCCAGCCCCGGCGGGCUUACAAAGACCUUCGAGACCGCGUCGGUUAAAUCCGAGAAUUCCGAGGAUGGCUCGUCGUGGAUCCCGGAGGCCGGCAGAUACUCCCCUCCCCCAAGACACCUGAGCCCCACAGCCUGUACACUGAGAAAACACAAGACCAAUCGGAAGCCCCGCACACCUUUUACCACCUCUCAGCUGCUGGCUUUAGAGCGCAAAUUCCGUCAGAAGCAAUACCUCUCAAUUGCUGAAAGAGCUGAGUUCUCCAGCUCUCUUAACCUCACAGAGACCCAAGUCAAAAUCUGGUUCCAAAACCGGAGGGCCAAGGCAAAGAGACUGCAGGAAGCUGAGCUGGAGAAGUUAAAAAUGGCUGCCAAGCCCAUGUUGCCUUCUGGCUUCAGCCUCCCUUUCCCCAUCAACUCCCCCAUCCAGGCUGCUUCACUCUAUGGAACGUCGUAUCCCUUUCAUAGACCUGUGCUUCCCAUCCCGCCCGUAGGACUCUAUGCUACUCCUGUCGGAUAUAGUAUGUACCAUUUAUCGUAAGAAGAUUGGCAAGAGUAGCGGCAAUGCAAUAGACUUCCUGGUGGAUCUUGUCCCAUCCAAGAGUGCAGUACAAAAAACCAAUACUGGUCAUUUUCCUGCAUGCUUGUAUGUGCCUUACCAAGUAUAUAGGAGUUUGAAAGUAAAAGCAGAGCCUGUAUUCUGCAGGUUGGGGAACCAGCCAGGUGUGAUAUCAACUCUCAGAAACUGAUCCUGAAAGAAAGGUGGUUUUUUUUUUCCUGAAUACUUAAAUGAAUAUAGUUUGUUUGUAUACUGCAUGGGGGGAGGGGGGAGCAAUCGUAAAUUGUGUGUUUGCAAGGCAUAUUUUUUCCCUAUGACAUUCCCAUUGGAAUAGAGACUUGGGGCUAUUAAAAGUAGGAACAGUUUGUCCUUUACAGUGAGCAGUUUGCAGACCAAUCCUAUGCAUAUUUUCUCAGAAGUAAGUUCCACUGUAUUCGAUGGCACUUACUCCCAUUUAAGUGUAUAUGUGUGAAGGAAUGCAGGCUUCACUUUGUUGUUUGACUGGGUAGAGGAAGCUUAAAGAUGUACUGGCAAAUGAGUUUUGCUUAUAAUACCUACUUUGGAAGCAAGGUUCCGAGAAACAGAGGUAAAACAGGGCAAACUGUUUUCUGUUGUUCCGCAUGAGCCUUACCUUCCACUGCAUUCCUUAAACUAAAGAAGAUGGAAUAUGGGGGGUGAAAAAUGCUGGACUAGCUGAGCCUUGGUCCGGUCCAGUAAGCCAAUGCCUAGGUUUUAGAAUAUAGUUAUUUAAAACUGCAAUUCUCAAAUAUUUGCUCUAGAGCUGAAAUAAAUGGGACAGAUCCAGUGGAAGAGGUAUAAGAAGUACCAUGGGAAGAAGUGAUGUCACUAAGGAUUUUGCUGAUCUUUAGUUCACAGAUUAUUCUUGGUUUUAGAAUAUGCCGGGAUGAGUAUGUUGUGUGCAACAGCAACAGAAGGAGGCAGCUUGUAGAAGCCUUGCCUGGAUCCUGUUCUCCCUUGCCACUUACUCAAGACCAUUUACACUUAGCUGUUUAAUGUCUCGGCAAAAAUAAGAUAGAGGUAUGAAAAAAGACAUUGCUUUUCCGAAUUGUGUGUGAGUGUGUGUCUGUGUGUGCUGAGAGACUAUCAAAACCAUGUUGCAGCGCCGUUUCAUUUUUAUUGACAUCAUAUGUGCUUUAACCAUUAUAAGCUUAUAAAGAUGAAUUAUGCUUGAACAUUUCUUGAAAGACCCGUAGACCCAGCAAACCUAUGGGAACAAGAUAGUGCCGCCCACAACAGCAAAAGGACCCCCUUCUCCUUAUUUUCAUUUUAGGAAGGAAGGGUCCCACUGUAUUAUUCUGAUUGUUUUAUUAUUAUUGCUAUGGCUAAACCUUGUGGUAAAAUGGUUAUGGAGGAUGUGGAUUGUUGAAGACUGGACUUCUCCAGGAUGUUAUCAAGGAAAGAAACCACAAGAUCCCCUCCCUCCCUGCUACAGGCUGUUUUGUGAGUUCUGCCCAGUUCCACCCCUUUACCCCCAGCCUAUUAAAAUCCCUUUGAAAGGGAUGCCUUGUACAAUUUUAUAUAUUUUAUUGAAGAUUUAUUAUUUCUUAUCUUUUAUUUAGAAUUAAAUUAAAAAAAACUUGUUUAAUUGUGUGUGGGUUUGUCAGUACUUGGAGUUCUUUUUAUUUUAAAAAAAAUCAAACACCAUUUCUGCCUUUUUGAGGGAGUUAAGAUCAAAGAAAUACUCAGAAUUAUCAUUUUUCAAGCUUCCUUUAUUUGCUCAAUUUCCAUUCUUCUUAAACUCCACUCUGAAGAAAAGCCAACCUUCAGUAAGCAGUCAAUGUAAAAAUGUUAAUCAUACAUUCCAAAUAAAAAGCCAAAUGUU